UUCAACGAAAAUGGCAAACAGCAGAAAUGCUAUUUUUGCAUUGAUGUGAAAUAUUUUAUUAUUUUAAACUACCUACUAUAAAUAAUCCAAUAUUAUAGCGCACACAAUUAAACUAGUUGUUAUUACGUUUUUAGUUUCUAAGUUUAAAACGAUAAAAAUCAGCGAUUUUCCACCAACAAAUCGUGAUUGGAAUCAUUAUUAAUUUGUUUUUGUUAAUAAAUUUGAUUAUUUUGCUUCAAUAUGAGUGCUAACGUUGACAAAAAUAGUGCUGAUGUUGAUAAUGAGCCGCUGAGUAAAGAAGAAAGUGAUAAAAAGUCGGAAUUAAUUCUUGAGGGCAUUUCAUCGGCUAAAAAUUCGAAUGGUGACACCCAAAUCGAUAGCGGCUUAACUGAGACACAAGGUGUUUUGAAGGAACAAACUAAUGAAAACGUCGGCGACGCUGGAAAAGACGUUUCUGAUAAGAACUCGAAAGCAAUUGAAGAAAAAGAUUCAAAUCUAACUGAAAUCCCGAAAAAGUCUCUUACACCCGAUGAUGACAAAGGUAUUAGUGAUCAUACAGCCAACGACAAUGUGAUUCAAGUGAAUCGUGAAAAAAGUUUGACUCCUCCUGAGAAAGAAGCUGAAGAUGGCUUUAAAAACAUUGAAGAAUCACCGGUUAAGAACUCUCAAGAAUCAAACAAUAAAGAAACAGAUGAAGAUGAGAUGGAACUAAAAUGGGAUGAUGAUGAAAGCAUGGAACCUGAAGGAACCAGCAAAGGUAAACCUUCCCCUAAAACUGAAGACUUAUUGGAAGAACAGCUUUUGGCGGAUCCUUUAGAAACGACCACCGAACCAGACAAACAUACAGAAACUACUGAAAAAACUGAACACUUGGAUGACUCUAAUAAGAAUCCUGAACCAAAAUCUAAUCUGGAAAGCUCUGAAGUAGAAAAUGAAUUUUUAGAAGAUGACAUUAAUUCAAAAACAUUGCAAGCAGAAGAAGAUGCUGUAAUAAAAGAAUGUCAUGAUAUUCUUAAUGAAAACAACAAAGUUGAUGAAGACACUGAAAUGACUGUUGUAGACAAACCUGAAGAAAUAACCAAAAAUGAUAAUGAAUCUUCAGAAAAAUCUGCUGGUCAAAUAGAGGAAGAUAAGUCUGUAGAAUCUCAAAGUACCAAACAGACGGAAAUAUCGGCAUGUGAAAUAACAUCUUUCACUGAUAUUGUUAUGGAUACUGAAGUUGACAAAAUAGAAGAAAAACUUCCAAAAGAUGAGAAAGAUGGAGACGUUCCCAAAGAAAUUCUUGAAAAAGAAACUUCAGAAAGUAAAGAAAUUGAUGACAAUAAUGAUGCUUUACUGGAAGAUCAACUCUUAGCAGAGACUGAUGUGGGUGAAUUGAUACCUGAUGCAGAAACCAUGGAUGCUGUAGAUGAUGAUAAAGAAAGAGAACUAUUAAAAGAGGAUGGGGUAUCUCAAAAUGGCAUGGAUAUUAAAAUUGAGAAAGAUGAAGAGCAAAUUGAAAAUAAGAAUGAAGAUCAAAUUGAUAUGAAAGUAGUAAAAGAUGAAGAUCAGACUAUAGAUAUAAAAGUAGAAAUAGAAGUAAUUGAAGAUGGUUCACAUAAAGAUAUAACAAUAAAAGAAGAAACUGCUCUAGUUGAAAGUAAUAAUAAGGCUAUUACCCACGAUGAAGUAGAUGGCAAUGAAAAAGAUGAUUUAGUUGGAAAUACGGAAAACUCUGAUCGAAGUACUACACAAGUUCAAAGUGAUACUGAAUUAAAAAAGACAAGUCAAACAGAAGAAACUUCAAAUAAUAAGGAACAGGCUGAAAAUGUAGAUGGUACUGAAAAUCUAGUCACUAACAUAGUUCAAGAAGAAAUUUCUGAACCAGUCGCUGAAAAUGCUGGAAAUAAAGAAGACAAAACAGAAAAUCCAGCUAUGUUAACUGAAGAAAACUCUGAAGAACCAGCUGAACAUGAAAAUCUAGACAAAGAUGUAAAUAAAAUAAUUAAAAAAGAAUCAAAAUCGCCUGAACCAGAAAAGAAAACUAUAAAACAAGAAUUCGAUCAAGACAGAUCAGCAAUCGCAGAAGACGUGUCACCAAACAUGUCAUUAUGUGAAGCUGCUUCAUCCCCAGCCCCAAUAAAAACAAAUCACCGCUUAAACAGACCAGACGCAAUGCUAGAAAUACCAACCCAAGAGCUUUUAGACAUUGACGAUCUGUCUUUCGGACUGGAUCGCUUAGACGGUAUGGAUAGUCUGAGUGAUGAUGAUGGUGAACAGGAUACCAUACAGGAUGUUAGGGCUCCAGUUGCAGCAGCUCCAGCUCCAGUGAGAGAAGAGAGCAAUGUUACGGAGACUAUGGAUUGGAGAAGGCAUGUCCCCAGUGAGAGUAUUGAGGAUAGUUUGGAGAAGAUGUUUGCGGAUCAUGCUCCCAUUGUUAUGCCAGUGGAAGAGACUGUUUAUGUUAGCAAUACAUCAUGCCAAACAGAUAUUGAACCAUUACCCGCCUUUUUGACUAACCCCGGAAACGGCCCCAGCACCUCCACCGCUGCAAUUGCAACUAUAGCGAACGAUACAACCGCAACUACAACUAAAGAUACAACUGCAACUACGAGUAACGAUGCAGCUGCAAAAACGGCUAAUGAUGCCACUGAUACUGCAACUGCCACUGACGCUGCUGACACUGAAACUGCAACUGACGCUGCUGACACUGAAACUGCAACUGACGCUACUGAUACUGCAACUGCAACUGCUGCUCCAAGUUCAGCCACUGUUGGCAAUGAAAUGACUCCGGACACUUCAAAUGGAGUUGCUGAAGUGUCAGACAGUUUAGGCCUCCUGGCUGAGUCAUUAGGUCGAGCGAUGGAAGAUGACGAGGAACCGGAGGAUGAUGAUGAUGGCGAUGAUGAUGAGGAUUUCGACCUGGACGAAAGCAGCAAUCAGGUAUCAGCAGAACAAUCGGAAGACUCAAAUCCACCUGCUUUCGAGCAUGAACCAGUUAAAGACGAGGAUUGCAAGAACCUGGACACUCCAGAGUUCAAGGAUGACAUGUUCAGCUUCAGCCCUAGUGAACCUCAGAAUGCAGAAGUCAAAAUGGAGGUUGAUAACGAUAGUUGUAAUUUUGAGACGCUGGAAAUCCACGCUGAAACGAUACAGGAAGACGAUUCUAAUUCUGGAGCUCAUGCUGUACCUGCAUUAGAAGAUGGUCCUGGUACAAAUGGAGUAAAAAUUGAGCCACAACAAGUAAUGUCAGACCAGAUGGACGUAGAGACUGUGAAACUGUCGGACACGUCUGACAAUGAAGUAGAGGAGAAUACAACCGAGGUCAGAACUCAGACCACAGAGCUGAAGGAAGCGGAAGACCAUCAAAAGAAAAACGAUGAAACCCCAUCAAAAUCGCCUAUCACCAAAAACGAAUCACCGAAACGUUCGCCGAGCAAGUCGUUCACACAAUCUCCAACUAAGUUGAAGAAAUUGGAGAUUACCACGCAGCAGGAGAGCAACGUUGUUAAUAUUGUAGAUUUGGAAGAAAGCAGCUCUUCUGAAGAUGAUAUACAAGAAAUUGACAAACAAACAGAACCGCAGCCAAAGCGUCUAAAACAGGAUGACGUUCAAAAGGCGUCAACGUCUGACGUCACGGACGUCAACAUCCCCACUGACAUCGAAGUUAUGUGCACUUCCGCCGGAAACACGUCAGAGAUAGUCACUAAGGAGGGAGAGGUCGUUAUAAGUGGAGUGCCGAAACCUCCUCCACUUAAAUUGGCUAGACUGAAUACCAGUGAAGUUUCAAUUAAAACUGCAAGCACUACUGAACCGAUGGUCAUACCGGUAACACAGGUAAUAGAAGAACAGGUCAAACCUAAGAUAGGUCUAGAAAUAUUCAGCCUGGACUCUGAUGAAGAUGAGAGCUCACCUAAAGAAGAAACUAUACAACCGAGUUCAGAACCGCCGUCAGAGGUCGACAAGCCCCGUCAGUGUGUAAACGACCGUUGCCUCAGUGGCCCCGAGGUCUGCUUCCUACCGGCCAGUCCGGCGGUAGUGGCGUACUACGACGCGCCCAGGAAGAAGAGGCAUCUUGUGUGCCAACCUUGUGCUGAUGUUGUAUUGGCUAUGGAGACGAAACUAGUGGAAGGUAUAAAGAACUUCACGCCGCUCCUGGACUUGGACAUGAGUAAGAACAGCCAGGACCUGGUGAAGAUAUCCGACUCCGAGUCUGAGGACGAGGACCAGGGGCCUGAGGAGGAGAGGGAGAGUAUAGGGCAGAAAGGAGCUAAGUUCCUAGAAGACAAUCUAGCGCAAUACUUCAAUGAGACGUGGAAAAAAUACAACAUGGACGCCAGACUGAAGGAGACUCAAACUAUGCUGGAUGAUGAGAUUAAUAAACUUGAGAAGGACAGCAAAGAAAUAGAUGCGAUGUUGAACGAGUGUCAGGUGGCCACAGACAAGCUUCGCAACGAGCUGUACGCUACCUUCGAGUGCAGGAGGAAGGAACUCACUCCUCUGGUCUUGUUUGACAUGCCAGAUCUUAAGUUCGUAGCUUUAGAAGCGGACGAACCUUCCUUGACGCCGAAGGAACAAACCGAGGAGUCUGAGUCCCAAACUCGACUGGCCAAACGUCGUAAAUCUUCAAGCGACGAGCUGCCAGCCAAGAAGACUGCCAUUGCGCUAGGAUACACGCCAUUAGGACAACCUAAGGAUCCAAAACCUACAACCUCGACAUCAGCGCCAGAUAUUAAAAUGGAGGACGAUAAAGACAUAUCAGUAGUGAAACUAUCAGCGGAGUCAGCCCCGGCCGACCUGCCCCCACCUGGCGAGAUAUCGCGCCCUCCCCUGCGUGUCAAUAUGUCAGUCUACGCCAUGAAGAAUGCCUUCGGACCCUGGCUCAAGGGCAAGAUAAUCGAGAUGCUGCCCAAGAAUACUGCCGGGGGCAACAUGUUUUCUCUAUGUCGCGUGAAAUUCGACCACAAAACCAAAACGGGCGGGAAGAUACUGCCAGCGCGGUGUAUAGCGUAUUCAGAGCCGGCUGAUGUAAGAAUGACUAUAGGUACCCGUCUGAUAGCUUUGUUCAAGGACUCGAAUAAGCGCGAGUCGUAUUACUCUGGAGUAGUCGCUGAAAUACCGAACCCAGUCAAUAAUUAUAGGUAA